AUGGUUCUGGACUUUGAGGUGUACCAGGGUAAGAAGCUAGCUGACGGUGGUGAAGGCGGCAAGCCAUGGCUGGUCGGAGAGUCCGUUGUCGUCCGGCUGACGGAAAGUCUGCCGCAAGGAACUUCAGUCUUCUUCGACAGAUUCUUCACGACGCCAAGACUCCUGGAGCACAUGCAGUCUAAGCAGCUGCAUGGCACUGGUACUGUGAAGAAGAUUUACGUGCCGAAAGAAGCAGGACUGAUGACCGAGAAGGAGCUGCCCAAGAAAGAGCGUGGUUUCGCCCAGUGCUCUAUCCGAAGCGACUCGAUCGUCGCCCUUACGCUUUGGCAGGACAAGCGCGCCAUCUACUUGGCCUCUACGGAGCAUGGCAUUGAGCCUAAAGGCGAAGUGUCACGCUACGAGAAGACACGAUCCUACAGAACUGUAAGUCGCCCGGUCGUGGUCAAAGCGUACAACGCCUGCAUGGGCGGGGUCGACCUCAAUGACCGCAUGAUCGCGCUGUAUCGUGCCGGUGCCAAGUCCAAGAAAUGGACCAUCAAUACGGUGCUGCACUUCAUCGACAUGGCGGCGGUGAAUGCUUGGAUCCUUCAUCGUCGAAGUCACGGUGAACAGCGGAUGAAGUUCUUGGAGUUCAAGUACGCCCUGGCCAAGCAGAUGCUCUCCUGGUGUGACAUCAGCGACGGAUCUGGAUCCUCCUCUGACUCUGAAGAGCAAGGUCGCAUGCCACCAAAAAGAGCACGGGUGCCGCCGAUCCCGUCGCCACGGCUGGUGGCUACUGGCAAGCAUCUCCCAAGGGCGCACGUCCGCAAGGAGUUCCGCCGUUGCCGAAACGCUGGGUGCAGCAUGAAGACCGGGAUGGAAUGUCGCACCUGCGGCAUCUUCCUAUGCUGCCGUCCUGAAAGGGACUGCUUUUACGAGUUCCAUAUGGAACUCGUAAGCGCUCGUAGAGGCUACAGGAGAGGGUGA